UCAGACGGACGCCAUCUUGUCCGUUUGUAGGCGCCUGGGAGCCCUGCUGGCCGCUGCGGGGACCUGUUGCUCUGUAGUUCCGUGUUGUGCAAUGGACGGCAGUGUCCACCACGACAUAACAGUUGGCACUAAGAGAGGAUCUGACGAGCUUUUCUCCAGCAUCUCCAACAGCCCAUAUAUCAUGAGCACCGCAGGUCAGAACCCACUCUGCACACACAAAGCCAAUGGCAAUGACAGCAAAAAGUUCAAAGGUGACAUAAGAGGUCCCAGCGCGCCAUCCCGGGUCAUCCAUAUCCGCAAACUUCCCAAUGACAUCACAGAGGCCGAGGUAAUCAGCCUCGGCAUGCCUUUCGGAGACGUCACCAACCUGCUGAUGCUCAAAGCCAAGAACCAGGCCUUCUUAGAGAUGAACUCAGAGGAGGCAGCUCAGAACUUGGUGGGUUAUUACUCCACAGUGGUGCCCAUCAUAAGACAUCAUCCGAUCUAUGUCCAGUUUUCCAACCACAAGGAGCUCAAGACUGACAACUCUCCAAACCAGGAGAGGGCACAGGCAGCUCUUCGAGCCCUCAGUACGUCUCAUGUUGACACGAUGGUGGCAGCUCCGAGCACCGUACUGAGAGUAGUGGUGGAGAACCUCGUCUAUCCCGUUACCUUGGAUGCCUUGUGCCAGAUCUUCUCAAAGUUUGGCACCGUGCUGCGGAUCAUCAUCUUCACAAAGAAUAAUCAGUUCCAGGCUCUGCUGCAGUAUCCAGAUGGAGCGUCGGCCCAGGCAGCCAAACUGUCUCUGGACGGACAGAACAUCUAUAACGGCUGCUGCACACUGAGGAUCAGCUUCUCCAAACUCACCAGUCUGAACGUCAAAUACAACAACGAGAAGAGCCGAGAUUUCACCAGACCAGACCUUCCCACUGGAGACAGCCAGCCGGCCAUGGAGCAUACAGCCAUGGCCUUUACUCCAGGCAUCAUCUCUGCUGCACCGUAUGCUGGAGUGACUCACACGUUCCCACCAGCCUUCACUAUUCAGCCUGCUGUGUCCUCCCCCUAUCCAGGCCUGACAGUCCCCACUCUGCCCGGAGCCCUAGCCUCUCUGUCCCUCCCUGGGGCCAACAGGCUGGGAUUCCAUCCAAUCCCUGCUGGGCACUGUGUCUUGCUGGUCAGCAACCUCAACCCUGAGAGAGUUACGCCCCACUGCCUCUUUAUUCUCUUCGGUGUCUAUGGUGAUGUGAUGAGAGUGAAGAUUCUGUUCAACAAGAAGGAAAACGCUCUGGUUCAGAUGUCCGACUGCACACAAGCUCAACUAGCUAUGAGCCACCUGAAUGGGCAGCGGCUCCACGGGAAGCCUCUGCGCAUCACACUGUCCAAGCACACGAGCGUUCAACUUCCCCGUGAAGGGCAUGAGGACCAGGGCCUGACCAAAGACUACAGCAACUCCCCCCUGCACCGCUUCAAGAAGCCCGGCUCCAAGAAUUAUUCCAACAUCUUCCCACCUUCUGCCACCUUACACCUUUCCAACAUUCCCCCUUCUGUGGUUGAAGAUGAUCUCAAGAUGCUUUUUGCCAGCUCAGGAGCCAUGGUCAAAGCCUUCAAAUUCUUCCAGAAGGACCAUAAAAUGGCUCUAAUCCAGGUGGGCUCUGUGGAGGAGGCCAUCGAGUCCCUCAUAGAAUUCCACAACCACGAUUUGGGAGAGAACCACCACUUGCGUGUGUCCUUCUCAAAGUCCUCCAUCUGAGUCACCAUCUGAAUCCUCUCGUCUCCUCUGAGAGAGGCAACACGACAGUGUCCACCACACUCCAGUCAUUCCACCACACAUCUGUAGAAACCACCAUGAAUUCAUGUUAAAUUAUUAUUAUUAUAUUUUUAAAAGUUUUUAGGUUCUUUGCCUUCUAACAGGAUUAGAGUCUCUCGAGGAGAUACUGCACCUCUGAGAAUAAAGUCAUGGUUCUGCUGGAGGUCCCAGAUCAGAGUCAGAAUUCAGACAGCAGCAUUCCUGUUGGAAAGUUGUUACCUUUUAGCUACUCUUGCCUUUGGACUUUAAUCCCUUACUGUGGGAACAAAGUCAGCCUUCUUAUCCAAAGAUCUGAUGUUUUUCAGAUUCUGGCUUGUUCUUUAACUCAGAUUAGUCCACAUUUUGCAGGUGGUCCUGUUCCUUUUUAGCUUUUCUUUUUAAACGUACCAGCUCUGCUUGUAAAUGAUCAAAGGUCAGAUUCCGCUCAGGCCUGCAGGUCUCAGACUGGCCCCGUAAACAAAGGCCUGGCUAGACUUUCACGUGAUCCCUGUGCCUUAUUCCUGGAGUCUGAAUGACCUUGACUUUGACAUGCUUUCUUUUUCUUUCUUUUUUUUUAAGCCUCUGAAUUGGCACAGAGCAGGUUUACAGUUGGUGAGAUGUGUUACAGAUAUAUCUGCAAUUUCCUGCUGUUUUCUGUCUGUAGUGUCGUGUGAAGCGUAAACUGAGUGUGUUUUAGCAGGUUUGUUGGGUCUUUAGUUCUAAAUGCAUUGUUUCCUGUUCCUUUUGACUUCUUUAUUUUCAUGUAUACAAUCAUGUGUUAAUCAAAUCAAAUGUUGUAGCAAUAUUUUAAUCAUUCCUGAUUAGACUUUUUUGUUUUUGUGUGUGUGCGUGUGUGUCUCUCUGGGAGCUCCGCCUCUUAUGGUGUGCAGACGAAUGUUGUCUUUCCGGGUUGGUGAAUUAUGAUGUCACAUCUGCCGCCUGUCUGGAUGGUUUUAUUUAUAAGUUUGUGAUCCACUACAGCUGAAACCAAAAAUGGCC